AUGGCUGCCUGUGAGCAGGGGCCAGACCAGAGCUGCAUCUGGUGUGGGGAGGCUCCCUUCAAUCUGUUGACUUUGGGGUUGUUUUGCAGCUUGUUCUUCGAGCCCGUCACGACGCCGUGUGGUCACACGUUCUGCAAGGAGUGCCUGGAGCGCUGCCUGGACCACAGGCCCAACUGCCCCCUCUGCAAGCAGAGCCUGAGGGAGUACCUCAGGGCUGGCAGUUACAAGCCCACGGUGCUGCUGCAGGAGAUCAUGCUGGCCGCCUUCCCCGCGCAGCUGGCCGAGCGCAGCGCGCUGCACCAGGCCGAGAUGGCUGAGCUCUCCAAUCUGACCAAGAACAUCCCCAUCUUCGUGUGCACCAUGUCCUUCCCGGGCGUCUCGUGCCCUCUGCACGUCUUCGAGCCCCGCUACCGCCUCAUGAUGCGGCGCUGCCAGGAGACCGGCACCAGGAGGUUUGGCAUGUGCGUCUAUGAGAAUGGAAAGAGCUUUGCUGACUAUGGCUGCAUGCUGGAGAUUCAGCAGAUUGAGUUUCUGGCAGAUGGAAGAUCCCUGGUGGAUGCGAUAGGGAGGCGGCGGUUCCGGGUGCUGAGACGGGGCCACAGGGAUGGCUACGACACGGCCGAUAUUGAGUAUCUGGAGGACAAGAAGGUGGACGGGGAGGAGCUGGAGGAGCUGCAGCGCCUGCAUGAGAGCACCUACCGUUUGGCGCAGAGGUUUUGUGAGCAGGGAGAUGGUGCCUCUAGACACACUUUGGUGCAGCACGGAUCCCUGCCAGAGAAGGAGGAGGACAUCCAGGGUUCUGCUGAUGGACCCGCGUGGUGCUGGUGGCUCCUGUCCGUGCUGCCCCUCGACCCGUCCCACCAGCUGCUGCUCUUCUCCAUCACGUCGGUGCGGGCCCGGCUGCGCCUGGCCCAGCGGCAGCGCGUCCUCACGGCGCUGCUGCCCCUGCCCGGCCCCCCCGGCCAGCCCUGA